UUCUGUUUGGAUGUACAAAUACGAUGUGUGGGUAACUUUUUUGUGAAAAGAAGUAAAAUGUAUCUAAUCAUUUUUGUUGAAUAAAUGUUGAAGGAGUAAGCAUUAUAAUGUAGUGAAAUACAUAUGUAUGUACACGCCCACAUAUGUUUCGUAUGUCGAAAGACGAAUGAAUUUGAAAUCGUUAAAAACAAAUAUACAUGUAUUUUUUAAAUAAAAUAAAUAUGGCUGAUUCAACUGCACUGAAACAAUUAGUUAACAGUUGGGGAUUGGCCGAGUUGUUGCCACAUCUUCAAGAUGAAAAUAUUGGCAUCGAUGAAUUGAAAAUGAUGAAAAAUCAUCACAUCGUUGAACUCUUACAUUCCUACAAAUUGGGCACACGCAUACGCUUUGAAUACUACUUUGAGCGUUGGCGUCGUGAUCAAAAUAAACCCUUACUCGAUGUUGUAACGCCAAAUCACUACCACAUCACCAACCCUUCAGUGGCGCCCACGGUGCGUAUAGCACACGUCGCGUCACAUGAACCUGUCGAAAGUCAUAAAAACCUACAAUCACGUGCCACUAAUACCGUUACGGUGCAUUACGCCACUGCAUCAACAAAUACACCAGAUAUGACGGCAAAAUUACCAACAAAGGACACACCACCAACGCCACUUCCAUCCGCUAGGGAUGUAUUGCGUGAAAUGCCAAAGCUUAUGCGCCAACCCAGCAUUUUGGAGGAGAGUGCGGUGGUGAGUGCACCGAAUAUGCCAACAACAACAGCACCAACAACAACAACGACGAUGACCGCAUGCUCUCCGCGGCUGGCCCCAAAAUUUCAAUUUAACCUCAACGAUUCGGAUAGCGAACAAACUGACACUGGGCCAUUGUUGCAUAUUCUCAACUCGUCCGGCUUUAAGGCUACCUCACUACUGGAAUACUAUCAACAAAAUCAGCAGUUUACGAAUUUACAUCGCACACUACUCAUACAACUGAUAGUGAAUUUCUUCGAUAUGAACGAAUAUCAUUUGUCGCUGAAAGUCAGUCAUAUUUUGGAACAGCAGAUAUUGAAGCUUUUCCCCAGUGAAAAAUUGGAAUACUACCGCACUGAGAAACGUGGUAAAAUCUAUGUGAAAUUCUGCAAUAUGAAACGUUAUAAACGUGACAGGCCGACGUUGAAGCGCAAGUGGAUAGAGGAUGCGGAACAUGGUGACGAGAGUGGAGGUGGUGGUGGUGGUGUUGGUAAUAUAUUAACGGAGCCGGAGGUGGGCAUUGAAUGUGGUGAUGGGGAUGUGGAGGAUUUUGCACAAAGUUUCGAAUAUUGGCAUGCCCAGCAAUCGCCCAGUGCAAUGCAAUUGAAGACUGAGUCGCUAAGUGACGGUGAUUAUUAAUGAUUCUAGUGAAGUGAAAUGGACACUCAAACUGAACCUAUUUAAGUAGUGAAAUAGUGAAUAGCAGUUGAAAUUAUACGUUUAAAUACUUCCAUGUUAAUAUGUGCUAAGUACACUUGUAUGUGUAAAGCUUAAGAAAUUGUCUAAAUUUAGUUUUUAUGAAAAUACAUUUAAACUUUGGCGAAACCAUAUUUUUUAUACCCAGCAUACGUUUAUAACUGAUAGUUAGUAUAUAAUUUUCACACUAGUUAUUCAAACUCUUGAUAUUAGUUGGGUUCCAAUGGUCACUGAUUUGGAUCCGUAUGAAAAUUUUGCAUGCAAAUGCAACAACAACAAUGUGAUGCUGAUAGAGAUCUAUUUUGUUCGUUUUGUUUUUCGUCGGUAGUUUGGCAGUACAGCCUUUUGUAAUUGUAAGCGUGGACGUGGUGGUCAAUUGCCUGAUGUUAUUUUCCACUAUUAACGGCAUACCUUCCCCUUUAUAAUGAAAUAAAUAUCCGAUCAUUUAUAUUAAAAAA